CAACAGCAAUGUACGUGGUAUCUAACACGAUGACUGGCAAUACAAUUAAUGCCAGAAAUGAGAACUCCAGUUUGGAUAGUGAUGACGACUACACCUCUGCCAUGUCACAUCUGACCAUUGGCCUGCAAAUCCAGGAGCUCUCGAAACGUCUGCAGAACACUACAGAGGAAUUGCAUCAACAGGUGCGUGACAAGCAUGGCGCAUUGCUGCAGCAGGCAACACACGCCGGCCGUUUCGAUGCAGCACUCAACUCGCUAGCCGAGGACGUGCAACGGGUUCGAGCCACAGGACAUCGUCUGAAGAGCCAAGUUGAUGGCCAAUAUCAGUUAGUCGAGAAUCAGACACAAGUGCUGGGUCGACUGCAUGACGUGUCACACUUGCUGCGCUCUGCUGGCACCUUGCUCACGCUGACGGCCAAGCUUAAGAACACGAAAGAUGUGUUAAGGCAAGCGGAGCUGCAUUUCGAGCUGGGACAGUUGAUAGAAGACAAGGAUCUGAAGGACAUUGAGUUUAUACAAGAGGAACGUGCCUAUGUGCUAAGCUCUAGACAAAAAAUCCGCAACCUCACCCAGAUGCAGCUUGUCACCGGUCUGCAGGAGCGCAACCAGACGCAAGUGGUGAAUGCUCUAAAGAUUUUUAUGAACUUCAACACGCUGGAGAAAUCCCUUGAAAAUUUACUUGCCACAUUCAUCGCCGACAUGGAGCAAUCGCUGAAGGAGUGCUUUGCAGGCACUGAUAUAUCCGUGCUCAAUAAAGCGGAUGCCGUGCGCUCGCCCACCCAUAGCAGCAGUAGCUCGAGCAAGUCCCAGGCUAAUCGAGGACCUGGCAAGGCGCCGCAGUUAACUACAACUCAAAAUUUUCGCGCAAAGUUUUGGAAAUCGCUGCACUGGCUGCUCUACGAUGAGCUCUAUGAGAGCUGCACCCAGAUCAAGCUGCUUAAAAUGUCGCUGGAGCAAAUUAAUCAAUUUGGCUACACUAGUGAAUCAUCAGACCAAUGCAUCCCACAGCUCUUCUGGCAGCGUGUGCAGCAGCUGUUGCGCAAAUCUUUUGACGAGUGUACCCAACAUGUUAACCAGACCCUGCAGGAGGGUCUGUCGAAACUUCUCACUUCGGCACGUGGACUUGAACAGCGGCUAAACAAUGAAUUCCAAUUUGAUAACGAACUUUUUGCGCCCCUAGAGGUGGGCUAUGUGAGCAAGUGUGCUGCCAAUCUUAAAGCCUGCCUGGCUGGCGUGGAUUUGCCUGGGAAUGAGACCGUGGAUAACUUCAUAAGAGUCGCCUCCUCGGAGCUGAGCGCUGCACUGAUCGAUAGCCGGCUUAGUAUCGCAAUAGCUAAUGUUUUCGUUGCUUGCGGCAAGGAGUUAUGCACUAAACUUGAGGCACAGAUCAAGCUGGGUGCCGAUUCCAAGCAAAUUGUAGACUUGCCCAACUUGCAGCAACAACAGAAUACACAGCUGGCAAAUGUGCUGUACUACUAUAAGGAUUCAGUGCGUCGCAUGUUGAGUGAUCUCCAACUGCAGUUCGAGCGGACGCCAGGUGCUGCACGUACGAUCAUCGCCCGCUCCUUGGAUCAGGCGGAUUUGUUGAUUGGCACUAUAUUGCAGCAGAUUAUGGAGUCGAUUAUCGCAGCCAUUAGCAUCAUUAUCCUAAGCAUGCAUCGGGAGCCGGGACUCAAUACGGAUCGACUAUCGACAACGGGGCCAUCUAUGUACAUGAAAGAACUACAGGAGUUUGUCACCCGCUCGUGGUCGCACCACAUCGAACUCUUCGAUGAUAAAGAGAUGACUGGCAAAUGUGGCCAGGAGUUGGCAAAGCGUUGUAUCGAACUGUUCAUACACAACCUGUGCAUCCUGCGACCAUUAAGUGCGGCGGGCCGGCAGCGACUGAAGCACGAUUGUCAGCACAUGGAACAGGCAUUGAAACCUCUUUGUCCCAAUUUCGCGGAGCUGGGCAAACCCUCGCGUUUACUCCGGGCAAUGUCGCUUUUGAUUGUGCAAAGCCCUCAGGAGCUGGUGAAGCAAUCAGUGGGCGCGGAUUCGCUGGUACCAAGCUAUGUGGUACUCCUUCUCAUGUUUGGCCAUGCCGGAGCCGAACUCCAGUCACCGCACACAACUGCAAAUUGGUCGAAUGAACGCCUGAUUGAAUGGUUAGAUGGGCAUACGGCAGAGCGCGAGAAAUUGGAGUUGAUAUCGGGUGCACUGCAAAGAUAUCGAGAUAAUGCCAGGCGCAAGAAUAUUCAACAAUAUGAUGAAAUAUAUCCCAUGAUGGUGGAUUACUUUGAGCAGGCCUUAAAGGCAAUCAGUGUAUAAUUUGUUCAUUGCAAUUUUUAAAUAUUUGUCUAAUAAAGUAUUUUACGUGACUACCUA